AUGAGGUCUCUUUUGAGUGCCCACGAUAUGAUGUGUUUUGAGCACCUGACGCAGCCUCUUGCGUACGAAGGGAGCUUGGAACAUCGGGAGAGGCCAGAAUGGAACCACAUCAACAACCCACAUGGAAUAUGGGCCGUCAUCUCCAACUAUUGCGAACGCCAGCUUAGUUUCUCGAGCGACAGGCUUGCCGCUAUCACGGGCGUACUUACGAGGUGGGCGAAAGUCAAUCAGGGCUGUGCCUCCUACUGGGGUAUACCCGUUGUAGCUUCAGGCACGGAGCCUCUCAGCGCCGCAUCGUCAAAGCAAGCAUUUCUGGCCGGGUUGCACUGGCAGCUACAGGCGAGAACAGGGAAGGCUGGGCUCGCCAGACUGUCGGAAUUUCCGAGCUGGUCCUGGGUAUCGCAGAACGGACGGUGUUUAUUCGGUCAUCCGUACUACCACAUCAUCCCUCCUAGCUUAGAGGAUGUCUCUAAGGAGUUUGAUGCUGAAGUUUGGAUAGAGACACCUGACGGGAAAGCCGUCGAGUGGAGCGUCUUCCGUGACGGGAGUGGUCUCGAACAGUCUUCCCUGAAUUGGAGCCGAUACAUACACCUUGAGUGCUGGUCCUUCCAGACCGGUGCUUUCUGUCUUCAGGAGCUCCGACAUACCCCGGGCAGCAGAUCACCCGUCACCAUUCUGUUCGUUCCGGUAACGGAUCAUCCCAAUGAUACGGAUAAAAAAACGACUAUUAUUGCACGACUAUUGCCAGAUUCCGGGUUCGGGAGCUUGUCAAGGCUGAAGGGGCGAGACCUGACAGCUGUCACAUUCUCUCCUGUUGAGCACAGCACAUUCGCCCUCGUACUGGAUACUGUUGCAGGUGAUAUGCUCAGAGUCGGGAUUCUAGAACUCGCCAAGCUCAUUGACCGGGACACGUUCGAAUCCGCAGAGGCAUUACGGGGCUACUUUGACCCUGCUCAGUUUGCCGCAACGAGGCGUCGUGUGAGACUAGGGUAG